GGUUAGAUUUAGAUGUCUUGUUGGCAAGAGGCAACGGUGCAUCAGCACAGUAAACAAGUUGUUGGGAAGGAAACGUGGGUAAAGUUUUGUUAAUGUAAAUAACAUAAACUGUCUUUCACAAUCCAGAUUCUAGAGUCAGUCAAUAAUCAUGGAAAAAGAGGAAAAUAGCGAAGAGUCUGAGAUGAUGAUUUACAAACCCCUACCUGUAGAAGUUCGUGUUACUCUAGAACAGCAUUCCCUGCUAUUGGGUCCAACCCAAUCAAGCAUAAAGAAAGGAGAAGAUACAUUUUUGAUGAGCUACAUUAAAAAAAGAACCCCAGUCAUACCUGAGGAGUUGACAACUCAGUUUAAGAAAAAUUUUCCCUUAAAGAUUGGUAGACCUGCAAAAGAGAAUAAAAAGACACGAACACGAAAGAAGGUUCUGACUUCAAUUGAGAAGAGAAGACUUGGUCUUCAUAAGUUGCCAAAAACAGGAAUAAAAUACAAAGCAUGUGCUCCCUUACACCAAUUAUGGGUUGAAUACAUGGAAAAUUUUUUAGAAUUGGAAAACAGUGCUAAGGCAGCCAAUAAAGAUCUACUAUAUCAGCGGAUUGCAAAAGCAGAUUAUCAUGGAUGUUUGCUUAUGGUAACAAGAUCCAAGUGCCCAUCCUAUAUUGGUGCAAAGGGCAUUAUUGUAUUAGAAACAAAAAACACUUUUCAAAUUAUCUGUGAAGAUGAUCAACUCAGAAUUAUUCCUAAGCGGGACAGUGUAUUUACUUUCAAUGUCAGUAAGUGGACUUUUACGUUGUUUGGUAGCCACAUGAACAUAAGGCCCAGUGAAAGGGCAGCAAGGAAAUUUAAAAGUAAACCUACCAUAGAUCUUUGAACUUUGUAGGGAAUAAACGUUGAUAUUUUGGAAUUUA